GUCUUACUCUCAGUGGUUGCUCAAAUCUUGAGAGGUUUCCUGAGAUCCAAAAAAAUAUGGGGAAUCUGUGGGCUCUUUUUCUAGAUGAGACUGCUAUUGAAGGAUUACCCUACUCAGUAGGUCAUCUCACCAGACUUGAUCACUUAAAUUUGGACAAUUGUAGAAACUUGAAAAGUCUUCCAAACAGUAUAUGUGAGUUGAAAUCCCUCGAAGGCCUCUCUCUCAAUGGUUGUUCAAAUCUAGAGGCUUUUUCAGAGAUCACGGAGGAUAUGGAACAAUUAGAACGCCUUUUUUUGCGUGAGACGGGUAUCUCAGAGCUGCCAUCAUCAAUUGAACAUCUGAGAGGUCUUAAAUCCUUGGAAUUGAUCAAUUGUGAGAACCUUGUGGCUCUUCCCAAUAGCAUCGGUAAUUUGACAUGUCUCACUAGUCUUCAUGUUCGUAACUGUCCAAAGCUCCACAACUUGCCUGACAAUUUGAGAAGCCUACAAUGUUGCUUAACAAUGCUAGAUCUAGGUGGUUGCAAUCUGAUGGAAGAAGAAAUCCCCAGUGAUUUAUGGUGCCUAUCCUUACUGGUAUUUUUAAACAUAAGUGAAAACCGUAUGCGUUGCAUCCCUGCUGGCAUCACUCAACUUUGUAAGCUUCGUACCCUUCUCAUUAAUCAUUGUCCGAUGCUUGAAGUAAUUGGAGAGCUUCCAUCAAGUCUUGGAUGGAUAGAGGCACAUGGUUGUCCAAGCCUGGAAACUGAAACUUCUUCGAGUCUACUCUGGUCUUCUUUGCUCAAACACUUGAAAUCACCAAUUCAGCAGAAAUUUAAUAUUAUCAUUCCAGGAAGUAGUGGAAUACCAGAGUGGGUAAGUCAUCGAAGAAUGGGAUGUGAAGUAAGUGUAGAGCUUCCAAUGAAUUGGUAUGAGGAUAAUAACUUGUUAGGAUUUGUUUUAUUCUUCCAUCAUGUUCCCCUUGAUGAUGAUGAUGAAUGCGUGAGAACAUCUGGUUUUAUUCCACAUUGUAAAUUGGCGAUAUCCCAUGGUGAUCAAUCUAAACGACUGGAUGAUAUUGGUUUUCAUCCUCAUUGUAAAACAUACUCUAUUAGCGGUUUAUCAUAUGGCAGCACACGCUACGACAGUGGUAGCACAUCAGAUCCAGCACUGUGGGUGACGUAUUUCCCUCAGAUUGGCAUUCCAAGCAAGUAUCGAUCCAGAGAGUGGAACAACUUCAAGGCUCACUUUGACAAUCCUGUCGGUAAUGCCUCUUUUACAUGUGGCGAAAACGCAUCCUUUAAAGUGAAAAGUUGUGGGAUACAUCUCAUAUACGCCCAAGAUCAGAAGCAUUGGCCUCAGCCGUCGAGAAAAAGGCCUGCUAAUAGAGAAGAUCACUCAUCCAAGAAAAAAAUUCUCUAGUUUCGAAAGGAUGAAGGGUUUCUUUAACCUCUAGCAAGGUUGCGCAUGGAAACAUGACUAACUAUUGGUUAUGGAAUUCGAAGGGUGGUAGAGAUGCAGUAUUGAACCAGAAUGGUAAUGCCAUAAA